AUGCCCGUCACCGAAUUCUCUCACCCUGAUCCCUACACCUACCAGAAUGGCUUCGACUCGUAUCAUGAGUCGGAAGCCAUCGCCGGAGCUCUCCCCGUGGGGCACAACUCCCCCCAGAAAGCCCCGUUGGGUCUCUACGCUGAGAAACUGUCCGGCACGGCCUUCACAGCCCCUCGACACGAGAAUAGACAGACCUGGGUCUACCGGAUCAUCCCUGCUGCGUCGCACGAGAAUUUCGUGGCGGAGGAAUCCGACUCUUACCAUACGCGCAUGACGACCGAAACCCACAAACUGCACCACAUCCCCAACCAGCUGCGGUGGAACCCCUUCGACCUAGACGAGAAGGUCGACUGGGUACAUGGUCUUCACCUCGUCGCGGGAGCGGGCGACCCGACCCUGAAGCAAGGAUUGGGGAUUCUUCUAUACGCUGCGGGGAAAGAUAUGGGCAAGGAGGCGUUCUACUCGGCGGACGGAGAUUUCUUGAUCGUACCGCAGCAUGGGGUAUUGGAUAUUCAGACCGAGCUGGGACGAUUAGUCGUUCGUCCGAACGAAAUCUGCGUGAUUCCUCGAGGUGUCCGAUACCGGGUGACUCUCCCCACAGGUCCUGUACGCGGAUACAUCUGCGAGCUCUACCAGGGACACUACCAACUCCCCGAACUGGGACCCAUCGGAUCCAACGGUCUCGCCAACGCCCGCGACUUCCAAGCCCCGGUAGCAUCCUUCGACGACGACGAGACCGAAUACCGUCUCUACAGCAAAUUCGCCAACACGCUGUUCUCGGCACGUCAGGACCACAGCCCCUUCGACAUCGUCGCCUGGCACGGCAACUACUACCCUUACAAGUACGACCUGGGACGAUUCAACACUAUUGGAUCGAUCUCCUUCGAUCACCCCGAUCCGUCCAUUUUCACGGUUCUCACCGGCCCCUCUGACCACGAGGGCACGGCCAUCGCCGACUUUGUCAUCUUUCCGCCGCGGUGGCUCGUGGCUGAAAAGACCUUCCGGCCGCCAUGGUACCAUCGUAACACGAUGUCCGAGUUCAUGGGCUUGAUCACUGGGAACUACGAUGCGAAGACGGGCGGUGGGUUCCAACCUGCCGGAGCGAGUCUGCAUAAUGUGAUGAGUGCUCACGGCCCGGAUUCGGAUGCCUACGAGGGGGCGAGUAACGCGGAGUUGAAGCCGCUGAAGGUGGGGGAUGGGAGUAUGGCAUUCAUGUUUGAAAGUUCUUUGAUGGUGGGCGUAUCGGAAUGGGGACUCAAGACGUGUCAGAAGGUGCAGGAGGAGUAUAAUGAACAUAGCUGGCGGCCGUUGAAGAGACAUUUCCAGAACCCGAACAAGGCUUGA